AUGAGUGAUCAAGUCUCCGUGCCUGGAGAGACGCCUCAAUCUUUCGAAGCCAACACAACGGCUAGCAACUCCCCAAGUAACAUUCAGCGUCCAGACUCAUCAUCAGUGCGAGUUCACUUUGCGGGUAAAGAGUUGGGUGUCAUCAGUUUACUCACGGGCACGCCAUUCCUCUUUCCCGAGGGACAGGAAUGGAUCAAAGCUCGCACCGGACAGCACGUUGCAAUUGACAAACUUAGUCCAGCGCGAGCACCUUGGGAUAAAGAGCGCGGCCAAACCUUCAACACUGUUUUGAUGAACAUGAACAUGAACACGAACAAUCCCUAUGAACUUCCCGACUGGAGAACAACGCAGGUGUACUUCCAGGCAUAUAAGAACUCCAAGGUGAUGCGGCGCAUCUUUCCUAUUAUAGACCCGGAGCUUUUUGAGGAUACCAUCAACACAGCUUACAGUCAAUCGCCAUCUACCUUAAUAUAUGGCCAAGCUAGCGCCAGAGUUUGUGUCAUUGCAUUCCUUACAUUUGUUUCUCGCCUCCCCGAUGUCAAGAACUUUGUCAGCACGACUACGACGGAUCCAAUCGAUCAUGAUCUACUUGCCACCAAGGCACAGUUCUUUAUACCGCAAGUAUUACAAGAGUCUGCCAGUCUAGACGCAGCGCAGGCUAUUACAAUAUUGACUCUCUUCGAGCUAUCUUCGGGGAAUAUGCGGGCAACAAACUACUAUGGGGCGGUUGCUGCGCGACUCAUUUUCAUGCUUGGUGGCAAUCUUUUUAGCGGUCAGGCCAACUCGACAGAUAACCGCAGCCAGCAAAAGCAUUCACAACUACGGAAUCUAUUCUGGAUUUGCUAUACCGUUGAUAAAGACCUUGCACUGCGCACGGGUCAGCCACCUAUUAUCACUGACGAAAAUUGUGAUCUGACACUUCCGCCGGGCUAUCUCGAUCGAGCAUUCUUGGACGUGGAAGACGAGGAAGCCCCAUGGUACGGUCCAGUAUUUCCAUUUGACUUGCGCCUAAGUAUCAUCAAAGCCCGAGCGCAUCGAGAGCUAUAUUCAGUCAGCUGCCUCCAAAAAUCAGACGCCGAGCUGCUCAAGUCAAUCCGAGAACUCGAUGACGCGCUAGAAGAAUGGCGGCUGUCAGUCCCUCCUAAAUGGCGUCCAACCAUGUCAUUUUCUUCCGAGACUUCAGAUCCGAAUAUGGGUAUGCACACCGUCAUGCUGCGUCUGAACUAUCACCUAUGCAUGACCAUCAUCCAUCAAGCGAGUGGAAGAUGCAAGGCGUGGAUGCAAGGACAAAGUGGCAUGAUGGAUGGGGUGAGUUCAAGUAUGGCACUUUCAGUAGAAGCCAGUCGAUCAAGUCUAUGUUACCUCGAGGCGGCAGAGCAUGUGGUAGUCGACGGGAUCUUUUGGACUCUAAUCUUCUAUCCCAUGUCCGCGCUGCUCACCAUCUUCUGCAGCAUUCUUCAGAACCCAUUGGACCCACAUUCGCGUGAAGACUUGGGCCGAUUGAAUGUCGCCACAGUUAUGAUUGAGCGUCUCUUCUCACGGAAACUGCCUGCAAAUGAGCUUGUGCACUUCAAAUUGGUCGCCGAUUUCAUUGUGGAAUUGAAGCGAUUGGCCGAGUGUGCCAUUGACAAGGCCUGGGCGGAGCAGCGCGCCGCCUCUCAUUGA